AUAAACAUCCUACAUUCUCGGCAGUUGUAACUGAGAACUUAAGCGUGAUACACGGUCCUCUCAUAAAAGUGAAAGGCAGGUUUCUUUUGAUUUAAAUAACAGGAACGUUAUUAGAAUAGGUUAGUAAAGGAUUAAUUUGGCAUGCCAAAAUCGGAAGAACAAUACUAUGUAUGGCUGAUGAAAGAUUCCAUAAAUGUCAUAUAUUAUAUAUGGUUUUACCAUAUGCGCUUUUGCACGCGCAGUGAGGACGUUGACCUUAAUUAAUUGGCUGUGAAGUGUAGUUCCACGAAGUGUGCAAGAUGCUAGAAGCGAACAAAGAAAAUGUCACGGCCAUGACCACGAGGAUGCUGGACAGCGAGUGCAAGAUCAGUUUGCAGGAAUCGGAAAGAUUGCUGGAAAAUGAGAAGCCGUUUAGUUCACAAAUGUGCAUCGAAUUUAGUGAUCUUUGUUACUCGGUUCGGGAUCGCAAAGGAAUUGAAAGAACGAUCUUACGCGAUGUGAGCGGACACUUCGAACCAAGGAAACUCACGGUGAUAGUUGGCCCUUCAGGUGCGGGAAAAACCACUCUGUUGGAAAUUAUAUCGGACAAACGAUUGUUUAAUAUUAAAGGUCUCAUUACCGUAAAUGGCAUUGAACGGAACAGAGGGACGUUCCGCAAACAAGUAUGCUACGUGCCACAACAAUUCGAUUUAUUGCCAUUCCUCACAACGAGAGAAACUCUUUAUAUAGCGGCUCGAUUAAAAUUCGACGCUAAUCAGAGUAAACAAGCGAUUUAUUUAAUUGUAAACGAGAUCGUGGAGAAUCUCAACUUGUCGAGUUGCUUGGAAACAUUGGCGAGCAAAUUGAGUGGCGGCGAACGGAAGAGACUCUCCAUCGGCGUGGAAAUGAUCGCCAAACCACAUAUUCUUUUAUUAGACGAGCCGACAAGUGGUCUUGAUAGUGCGGCAUCUAAUCAGCUGAUUAAUAUGCUGCACGAUAUGGCGAAAGCAAAUUGCACGGUGAUUUGCACGAUACAUCAGCCUAGUAGUCAGAUGGUCUCACUCAUUGAUAACAUUAUGGUACUUGAUCGAGGCAGAUGUAUGUAUUGCGGUCCAAAGAACGAGAUCAUAAACACGUACAAUAUCGCCGGAUAUAUGUGCCCUAGUUUCUACAAUAUAGUUGAAUUCGUGCUCGAGGUGAUAACUGGACACAGAGGUGGAGAUUUGGAGAAUUUACACAAAAUCUGUUGUAGCGAAUAUGAGAAAUUUAAAUUAGGAUGUAAACAUCAUGAAAGUGGACCGAAUUCAUUGACUAUUUCCAAACAGAAAUCAGAAAUAGACGAUAAAAUUAAUGUAAAUAGCAUAAUACAAAAAAAAUCGACGUGGCAACAACAAAAGAUUUUAUUUUUAAGAGCGCUAAUCUGCAUCAAGCGAGAUAAUACUUUGACAAAACUGAGGUUAGCAGCGCAUGUCAUAAUUGGACUGUUAUUAGGGGUAGUUUUCUAUAACUUUGGUUAUGACGCGGGAAAAGUGUACAGCAAUAUCUCUUGCUUAUUCUUUAUUCUGUUAUUUUUAUUUUUUGCAAAUUCCAUGCCAGCAGUGCAGAUGUGUAAGAAUUUUUUUCAGAUAGGUAUGUUUCUAAUACCGGCUACCAGCAUACCAUUAUUACUGUUUGCCGGGUUUUUCUUGAAAAUAGAAGAAAUGUCGAAGUACUUACAACCCUUCGGUGUUAUAAGUUUUUACAGGUAUGCAUUUGAAGGAUUAAUGCAAGCAAUCUAUCUUGAUCGAGAGAUUCUACCGUGCUUGGAAUAUUAUUGCUCCAUACGUUCACCAAACAAAAUUCUCGAUACGAUGGGCAUGCCAACAGUAUCGUUUUACGUUAUUCUGAUAAUACUUGGUUCAUGGAUACUCUGUAUACAUAUAAUUAUUUAUGCAGUACUUUGCUGGAAAAUUUAUUACGCAAAAAAGUAACGAAUUAAAUUAAUUGUCUCAAAUAAGAAUAUUUUUAAGAUAUAUUUUAAAAAAGAGAAAUCGUCGAAUACUUAAAAUUUUAUCGGUAAUAGAAUGUUAAAAGAUUAGAAAUGUAUUAAAGAUGUAAAAAAUUUGUGUAUGUACAAACUUUUAUACUUAAA